GAGCCGGGGACUUUUAAGUUUUUUUUAAGGAUUUUAUAACAUUGGGAGGGUGACUUCUCAUCACCAGCAGCUGGCAGCACCCUAGGCAAAUGGGGGGACCCCUUCCCGACACAUGAGACGAGCUGGUGGAGGCAGCAAGUCAAGAUGGCCGGCCAUGCUGGUGGUUAGAGGUGCCAUACUUGCUGAGUGGAACAAUAGUGGAGCCGGUAGUGGCUUGCUGUGGAAGAUAGAAAAAAGGGGGGCAGAGGGUUUCGAGGAGGAGGAAGAAGACCGGGAGGCUGAUCACGGGCAAGAAGGGAACUCACGGAUUCUUUUCUACAGAGCAGCCCCGUCAGCCACAUCUAGAUCUGCGUGCCAUAUUCUACUGCCAACACCUCUUGUCGAUGAUUGUACCUUCUGGCACCACGCCUUUUUCAAUUGUACAACCCCAGGAAGCUUGAUUGCUAGGGAGUUUCACAAGACUCGUUCGCAGACGAUUCCACCCCGUCCCAAUCAUCACCGUUUAUACCUGGCGCGUAAACUCCGGAACACCGACAGCAGUAGAAUGGCGGAGUGCCACAAUAGCCAGAUAUGUUUUCCCCACUUCCAGAUUUGCCACGUGUCAAUGUCCAAUGGGGUCGUUCAAUCCGUAUUGGUAAUAGUAAAAACACGGAAUAUCGAUCUCCAUCACGUAAACCCCUCCCUUUUCUCCCUCUCACGAUCUCGAUCGGAUGAAGCCAUUGAAGCAACCUCCAACCUCCAUUACCAAACCCUAAUCGGCUAUCUUCAGAACUCUGAUAAGUUGAUUACGAUACAGCAAUGAACUUAUCUUGAAUACAUACAAUUCCAGACCGUACAGCUAGUCUAUUUUUAGCUUCCGGUUUCUGCAGAAGUGAAGAGCAGAGAGAGAUGCCGACCGUUGCGGUGAAGCUCUACAGCGUCUUUUUUAAAUUCCUCCUCAAACACCGCUUGCAGAACCGGAUCCAAACUCCCUCCGACGAUAACAACCAGUUUGGAGUGACCUCCCGACCCGAGGAGUCGAUUGCAGCCGCAAACCCUUCCUUCGUCGACGGAGUAGCCACCAAGGAUAUUCAUAUCGAUCCGUUCACCUCGCUUUCUGUUCGAAUCUUCCUGCCGGAUACGUGUCUGGUGUCGCCGGAGUUGGAUUCCAAGGGUCAGUUGAAAUCUAGGGUUAAGGCGGUGAGAUCGGAUCGGGAUUCUGUUGAUUCGAAUGCUAAUCCGUGUUUGAAUAGGCGGAACAGUUAUGGUGCGAUUGGUACGAUAAAUGUUGGCGCGAAUUCAGAGCAGACGCGAAGGAUUAGCUACGGGUGUAGUAGCGAUGCAGAGAGUUUGAAUUUGAGACCGGACAGUGGAGUUUACAGAGGGUAUUCGCCGUCGCUGGAGAAUUGUCGGAAAUUGCCCCUGAUGUUGCAGUUUCAUGGCGGAGGGUUCGUGAGUGGGAGCAAUGAUUCGGUGGCCAAUGACUUCUUCUGCAGGCGGAUUGCGAAGUUGUGCGAUGUGAUUGUUGUGGCGGUUGGGUAUAGACUUGCACCGGAAAAUCGGUAUCCGGCUGCAUUUGAGGAUGGGUUGAAGGUGUUGAAUUGGUUGGGGAAGCAAGCAAAUUUGGCAGAGUGUAAUAAGUCUAUGGGAAGUGCACGAGGCGGAGGGCCUGAACUUAAGAAAUCGGAUGUCACGAGGCAUAUUGCGGACACAUUUGGGGCUUCCAUGGUGGAGCCUUGGUUGGCUGCUCAUGGUGAUCCAUCGAGGUGAUUCUUGAUCUCCUUGUUGAUGAUUGGUUAUUCUUCCUUUCCGUUUGCUCCAUUUGUAAAUUAGUAAUAAAGAAAUCGAUCCUAGUUUCAAAAUGCUCAGAUGAAUAAGAUGAUCGAAUUUAGAAUAGUUUUUUGACCUUCCCUCUGUAUAAAUUGCUCCUAUUCUAAGUUGCUAAUGCAGUUGUGAUCUUCAUACCUUGUGCUCAA